AUGGACCCCGUCGGCGCCAGGAAUUUGAAAAUCGCCCUGGGAGAACCCACACGAGCUGCUUUGAGUGUCAGGGUCGCGGACAUCCGGCACGUGUCUGCCCCAGCACGGGAGAACGUACCAAACGUCCGGGGGAAAUAUGCAAGAAGUUUGGUGGUGUGGGAUGCUGUGCUCGGGACUGUCCUACGUACGAACGAGGCCAGACCGAGCCGGCGGAAAAGAGCAGUAGGCAGCCCACACGUCCUAGCACUGAGAAGGAGCCUAGGCGUGGUCGGAGACGAGCGUUCUAGGCCGCGUAGCCAUGACAAAGGGAUAAUGUGUGCGGUAGCGACAGGCCCCAAUGCCAUUCCAGUCUCCCUUGAGUGGGGAAACCAACUCCUCAACACUGCGGAAAGAACUAAUACGAGCGAUGGGCAUGCGGAAGGGACUCAGCCGCUUUCGGAAACGCGGUGGGAGUCUGGGUUGGGGUCGAUCCUGACUGAAGAGGCCCCGGGUGAGACGACGGCUAGCCGCAGGAAGCCUGCAGAGGCAACAGAAGAUGACUACAGGCCAGACGCAACAGAGAUUGAGACAUACUGGUGGCGGGAAACCUGCACGAAAGAGCCUUACGGCCAAGGGGGAGCAUAG